UUCAUUUGUGUUGUUGUGACUCUCCUUUUUUUUUUCCCCGGGGGAUUGGUGUACUUAAUCUGGAGAUGGCGAGGGUAAGAGAUUUGCUAUUUAGAGUUAUUCUUGCUCUAUCAUGGUGCUGCUUUUCUCUACUUACUUCAGGACAGAUUACCCAUCCAUCGGAAGUUGCAGCACUGCAAGCAGUCCGCAGUAAGCUUAGGGAUCCUAUGAAGAAUCUGCGAAACUGGAAAAAGACAGACCCGUGUUUGUCCAAGUGGACGGGUGUAAUUUGCUACUUUGAUGAAAGUGAUGGUUAUUACCAUGUUCAAGAAUUGCGGUUGCUAAGAAUGAAUCUAUCUGGAACAUUAGCUCCUGAGCUUGGACAACUAUCUCAUAUGACUGUACUAGAUUUUCUUUGGAACAAUAUAAGUGGCAAUAUUCCAAAGGAGGUGGGCAAUAUUACUGCUUUGCAGUUACUGCUUCUGAGUGGAAAUCAAAUAUCAGGUCCUUUGCCAGAUGAGCUUGGAUAUCUUCCCAAUGUGACUAAAUUUCAGCUGGACAUAAACUUUGUAUCAGGACCGCUUCCAAAAUCAUUUGCAAACUUGGCUAGUGUUCAGCACUUUCAUAUGAACAAUAAUUCAAUCAGUGGCCAGAUUCCGCCUGAGCUCUCUGCAUUACCUCGGCUUAAGCAUUUCCUGCUGGACAACAACAAUUUAUCUGGACAUCUUCCACCAGAGCUUGCUAAGAUGCCAAACUUGAGGAUUCUCCAACUUGAUAAUAACAACUUCAAUGGGAGUGAGAUUCCAAAGUCUUAUGGAAACAUGUCUAAACUGGUGAAAUUGAGUCUUAGAAAUUGCAACUUGCAAGGAAUUGUUCCUGAUCUUAGCAAAAUACCUGGCCUUCUUUACUUAGAUCUUAGUCAGAAUCAACUGACAGGAAGUAUACCAUCAAAUAAGCUUUCAGAUAAUAUCACAACUAUUGAUCUAUCCAACAAUAUGCUAAAUGGACCUAUACCGUCAAAAUUUUCUGGCCUUCCAUGUCUCCAAAGAUUGUCACUUGAGAACAAUUCAUUGAAUGGUUCGGUUCCAUCUACUGUUUGGCAGAAUGUGACUUUUGGCACAAGUGCAAAACUUGUUUUGGACUUCAAAAAUAAUUUGCUAUCAGACAUUUCGAACAGUCUUGAUCCCCCUUCAAAUGUGACCAUAAUGCUUCAGGGUAAUCCUGUUUGUACAAAAGCGAAUGAACUGAACAUUGUCCAAUUCUGUGGGACUGAAAUUGGAGACAGUGAGGGUCCUGGAAGCUUUAGCAACUCCAGUGGAUCCUGCAAAGCUCAAUCCUGUCCUACCAGUGAGAAUUAUGAAUAUGUCCUAGGAUCUCCAGUCGAUUGCUUUUGUGCUGCACCUUUCGGAGUUGGACUACGCUUGAGAAGUCCUAGCAUAUCAGAUUUUAUUCCAUAUGAGAAACAAUUUGACACAUACAUUACUUCUUAUGCUAAUUUGGAAAUCUACCAACUACAUGUUGCUUCAUUCAUAUGGGAGAAAGGUCCUAGGCUGAGGAUGUACUUGAAAUUCUUUCCCAAGUAUGGUAAUUAUUCUAUAUUCAAUACAAGUGAGGUCCAAAGGAUUAUUGACUUAUUUGCUACAUUUGCGAUUCCUGGGAAUGAUACCUUUGGUCCAUAUGACCUGCUUAAUUUCACUCUUUUGGGACCGUAUUCAAAUGUUGCCCAACCACCUCUUCACUCAGGUAUGAGCAAAGGCAGCCUGGUUGGAAUUGUGCUGGGUGCCAUCGCCUGUGCAAUUGCAAUAUCUUUGGUUAUUGCAGUCAUGUUCCUGAAAAAGCAGCUCAGAAAUCGGCACAGAGUUUCAAAAAAACAACCAUUUCUGAAAAUUCCUAUCAAAGUUGAAGGUGUGAAAGGAUUCAGUUUUGGAGAAAUGGAAAAGGCAGCAAGCAAUUUUAGUGUCUCCACCCAAGUUGGUCAAGGUGGCUAUGGAAAGGUCUAUAAAGGCAUUUUAGCUGAUGGCACAGUUGUGGCAAUAAAGCGUGCACAGGAAGGAUCCUUACAGGGUCAAAAAGAGUUUUUCACUGAGAUAGAAUUGCUGUCACGACUACACCAUCGUAACCUGGUCUCAUUGAUUGGGUACUGUGAUGAAGAAGAUGAACAGAUGUUAGUUUACGAGUUCAUGCCUAAUGGUUCACUGCACGAUCUCCUAUCUGGUAGAUUUGGAGAACCAUUGAGUUUUGUUGCGAGAUUGAAUAUUGCAUUGGGUUCAGCCAAAGGCAUUCUCUACCUCCAUACAGAAGCUGACCCACCCAUAAUUCACCGUGAUAUCAAGGCAAACAACAUACUAUUGGACUCCAAGCUUACUGCAAAAGUUUCUGAUUUUGGAAUCUCAAAGCUUGCACCAGUAUCGGAUACCGAAGGAGUUUCAACUGCUCAUGUGUCCACAGUUGUUAAAGGCACUCCAGGUUACCUUGAUCCAGAAUACUUCCAGACUCACAAGUUAACAGAGAAGAGUGAUGUUUAUAGUCUUGGAAUUGUAUUUCUAGAACUUUUGACAGGGAUGAAACCUAUAUCUCAUGGCAGAAACAUUGUCCGGGAGGUAAUUGCAGCUUGUCAAUCUGGAAUGAUGUUUUCCAUAAUAAACCGCACAAUGGGUCCGUACCCAUCUGAGUGUGUCAAUAAAUUCAUGACUUUGGCCCUCAAGUGCUGUCAAGAGGAGACAAAGGCACGACCUUCAAUGUUGGAGGUGGUCAGGGAGCUGGAGAACAUGUUAUCAUUGCUGCCAGAAUCUAACACCAUUCCAUUAGUGUCAGAUGCAUCCACGUCUGGAGUGCCAUCUUCAGUCCCAUCGGCCUAUUCUGGAAGGAACUCCUAUCCAUCUACUGAGUUCCUUGGAAGUAAUCUUGUCAGUGGUGUCUUCCCCACCAUCAGGCCCCGUUGAUGCAAGUAAUAAACUUAUAAUUCCUAUAAACUUGUAAAACCUCUAAUACUUAUGAAGUCUUGCAGGUUCAAAAAGACAUGCUGAAUCCUUUGUAGUUUCAUUCCCACAGAAGGGCCGAAUUUGUGCAGUCCUAAGAGCUCACUGGGUUUUCCAUUUUUGGGUUUUGGCUGAACAGUAAUAUGUAUAUAUAGUUCUGCGUGCUUUGUGUUGUACAGUGCCCAACCUCGCCAAGUGUAGAAUCUGUUGGUAUAUCCCGGGUCUGGGGUUGUAGUGGGAGAGAUGACAUGUGAAGUAUCUGAACCUAGUUCCAUGCUGCAUAAGCAAUAAGCAUUUUUUU